AUUAAUUUAACAUUACAGCAUUUAAAAGGGAAGGAGCUGGCUUAUAUUGUUGCCAUAUCAAGUUGCAUAUCACCAGCACUUAAAAUUAUUCAAGAUUCAACAAUUUAUUUUGCCUUUCUGCAAAAAUGUUUUCUGAACUGGACUGUUACUGUAUGUGACUGUUACCAAUCAGCAACUUGAUUAUUAUUUUAACAUUAUUGCUUUUCAAAUGGAUGAAGGCUGGGCUUAUAUUGUUGCCAUGGCAAGUUUUUCAGUAAUAUUUAUCAUAAAUAUUGUAGACAAAAGUCCUGGACUUUACUAUCCUUAUAUGAUUGACUACUUUGAAGAAUCUGCUGAGAGAGUUGCAUUGGCUCUAUCAUUAAUUCCUGUUCUGAAGAAGUUACUAGGCCCAUUUGCUGCCUUCUUGAUGGAGAGGUUUUCUUGUCGACUUGUUACUAUUUUUAGCACUGUAACAAUGAUGUCCGGAUCUCUUUUAAUUUAUUUUUCAUCAAAUUUCAAUCAACUAAUCAUAGCAUGUGUACUUAUUGGAUUUCUUCGUGAUACAACAGGAGCAUACUGGGCUUCAGAACUGUUUUUAUUUGUAGUCACUACAGUCGGAGCAUUCAAAAUUCUCUUUACUGCUAUUUGUCAAAAGAAGUAA